AUGGCGCGGCGGCGGUGGUCGGUGGAGGCGGCAUGGCAGUCGGUGACGGUGGCGGUGCAGGGUGGUCUUCCCUCUCCUAUGUAUAGCACACAAUGUCUCAAGAGAAAAGAAGAGAAAAGCUUUGUAUUGUUGACCUUCCUCCAUCUCUCACCUCACCCCAAUUCUGGCCCUUUGGCAAGAGGCCAUGCGGCCGAGGUGAGUUCGCGCGCGGAGAUCACAUGCGCACCGGAGAUGAAGGGGAGGACGCUUUUCAAGAGCCCUCUCCCCAGCAACCACGUCUCCGACGCCUCCAGCUCGGCCGGCGCCGGCACCACCCACCGCCUGUACCAAGUUUGGAGGGGAAGGAAUAAAUUUCUUUGUGGCGGGCGGUGCAUCUUCGGCCCUGACGCCAACUCCAUCUUUCUAUCUGUGUCUCUCAUCAUGACGCCGCUCGCGCUCUUCGUGGCCUUCGUCUCGUUCCGCCUCGCCGAGCUCAUGGGGAAGCCGCUCGGCCCCUUCGUUCCAAGGACAGCCAUGGCCGUCGGCGCAUUCGAUCUUCUAGUGUUGGUGCUCACGUCAGGGCGAGAUCCCGGGAUCAUCCCGCGGAACACGAAGCCGCCGGAUCCCGAAGACGUCCAGCUGGACGGCCUGGCGUCCCCGGUGACCGGAGCGCCAUCGUCGGGGACACUUCCGCCGACGCGUGACGUGUACGUGAACGGUAUGGUGGUGAAGGUGAAGUACUGCCACACGUGCAUGCUGUACAGGCCACCGCGCUGCUCUCACUGCUCUGUCUGCAACAAUUGCGUGGAGCGCUUCGACCACCACUGCCCCUGGGUCGGCCAGUGCAUCGGCAAGAGAAAUUACAGGUUCUUCUUCAUGUUCAUCUCGUCGACGACGUUCCUUUGCCUCUACGUGUUCGUGUUCUGCUGGGUGAACCUGGUCCUCAUCGCGCGGAAGUACGGGUGCAGCCUGGGCGGCGCCAUCGUGGAGUCGCCGGUCUCGGGGUUCCUCAUCUUCUACACCUUCAUCACGUCCUGGUUCGUGGGCGGGCUCACAGCGUUCCACACCUACCUCGCCAGCACCAACCAGACCACGUACGAGAACUUCCGGUACCGGUACGAGGGAAAGUCCAACCCGUACAACCGCGGCGCGGCGCGGAACCUCGUCGAGAUCUUCCUGUCGCCGAUCCCCGCGAGCAAGAAUGACUUCCGGCAGAUGGUCGUGGUCGACCCCGACACGCUCCUGUACGGCCCGCCCUCCAUGGCCUACUCCUACUCCUUCGGCAUGCUGUCGGCGUCCAAGAAGAGCUUCAACACCCAAGCCAGCCUCAGCUUCGACAUGGGCAAGCCGAGCUUCGACCUCGGAGCUGGAUACAGCGUCAAGCGCACCAGCAUCGGCUCCUCCAACUUCGGCGACAUAUACAAUCCUACCGGUGACGGCGUGGAGGGCGCGGAGCACCAGCAGCCGCGGCACAACAUCUUCGGUGGCGGGAGGUUUCAGGGAAGCAAGAAGGUGGCAGAAGACUCGGAGUCGGUCGUGACCAACGUCGCCACGGCGAGCUACAACGUCGCCGGUUGACCUCAUGGGAGGGAGUUCGAGGCCGUGUGACGGAUGAUCGCCCCGAGCGCAUGCAGGUGAUGCCCGUUCGAUCUUGGUUUGGGUAGGGUCGUAGGGAGGGAGCGCGGUUCAGACUGUGCGAUGCGGCGCGAGAUUGAAAUUUUGGUCGCUCUCGCCCGCGUGCGUUGUGUUGGACCGGCCGGCGUGCGGUGGUAGCUUGAUCUCAGCUUCCCCUCCCCAUGUCUGCGCUCAGAUGUGAUCGAUGGACGUUUCUAGAAUAGUAUCCUGCUACACUGACUCUAGUGAAGGUGAUGUAUAUAUAUAAAUACACAUACACGUA